CGUGGUGUCUGAGACACAAGUAUAAAGUGCGGGCAGGGCUGGGUGAAGAUCCCACUCCAUUCCUUCCAUCGCUUCUAGAACGUGUCGCAGAUUCGAAGUCGUCCAGUGAAACGAGUUACCCAAGAUGCUGCUGCGCGCCGUAGUUCUGUGUUGUGUAGUGGUGUUCAUGGUCGGUUCGCCGAUCAACAGCGAAUUCGAUUCCGAGUGGAAGGAGUGGAAGGCUGCUUACAACAAGGAGUAUGAAGGGGAGUCAGAGGAGGCGGUACGCAGGAUCGUGUGGGAAGCCAACAUGAAGAAAGUGAUGCGUCAUAACCUAGCGCACAGCCUCGGCAAGCACUCCUACAGGCUGGGCAUGAACCAUCUCGCUGACCUGACAGCAGAAGAGUUUGUCUACAAGCUGAACGGUUACAAAGCUGGUCAGAAUAAGCGAAAAGGACUACGUUUUCUGGAACCUUCCUCGGUUAAUCUUCCACCCACCGUAGACUGGAGGGACAAGGGCUAUGUUACUGACAUCAAGGAUCAGAAAAGUUGUGGCUCAUGCUGGGCAUUUUCUGCUACGGGUGCCAUGGAGGGUCAGCAUUUCAGAGCAACAAGAAAGCUCGUGUCUCUAAGUGAACAGAACCUCGUUGAUUGCUCCCAGGCGGAGGGGAACCUUGGUUGCAAUGGAGGCCUCAUGGAUUCUGCGUUUCAGUAUGUAACCGAUGCAGGAGGGAUAGACACAGAGGAUUCUUAUCCAUAUGAAGGAGUGGACGACAGUUGUAAAUUCGAUCCGAAGAAUGUCGGGGCAACCGUAAAGAGCUUCACAGACAUAGACAGUUGUAAUGAGACGGCGCUGCAGGUGGCUGUUGCUACGGUCGGACCCAUCUCCGUCGCCAUCGAUGCAUCCGCGUCGUCGUUCCAUCUCUACGAAUCCGGAGUGUAUGACGAGCCAGGUUGUAGCUCUAUAUAUUUGGACCACGGCGUACUGGCUGUUGGCUAUGGAACGCUUGAUGAUAAAGACUAUUGGCUUGUGAAGAACAGCUGGGGAGCAGACUGGGGAGACAAUGGAUACAUUUACAUGUCACGGAAUAAGGAUAACCAAUGUGGAAUUGCUACAAACGCCAGCUAUCCAAAUGUUUGAAUCGGCGCAUUUAUGCAAAUCUUACGUAUAGAUUUUGCCAUAGCUGGUCCAGUAAUCAUUAGAAUAAAACCCCGACGCCGAGGAAACGACAAUAAAUAUGAACGAUAACUAUAGCGUUGGUAUACCCUGCUUAUCAAUAAUUAUAGAUGGGAUCGAUGUUAAAGUAAAUAUUUGAUGUCUGGAUUUCAUGAAACCUUUUUAGAUGUGAUUUUAAUUUCUAAUUAUCUCGUUGUAAAUUUAAUGUAUUGGAAAGCAUGACAUUCCUAGGCGAUAUAAGCACGCAUAUAUAUAUAUCCAGGGGCAGAUCCAGGGCUGAAGCUAGACAGUAUUUUUCAGAUUUUAAGGGCAAAUCCCCCAAAAAGGG